CAGACGCUAUCAUCAAAUCCAAAGAGAAAUCCACUCUAGUUUUUCAACCUUUUCUGAUAUUAACAGAAACAGAGAGAGAGAGAGAGAGAGAGAGAGAGAGAGAUAGUGUAAGCAUCAAUAUGGCAACCUUAGAGAAGCAAGUGAUGGUGGUUGGGAUUGAUGAUAGCGAGCAUAGCACAUACGCUUUGGAGUGGACUUUGGAUCACUUCUUCACUCCCUCACUGGGUUUCAAUUCACUUUUCAAGCUAGUUGUUGUCUAUGCCAAACCUUCUGCUUCCUCGGCCGUCGGUUUUGCUGGACCUGGGGCUGCUGAAGUUUUGCCAUUUGUGGAGUCGGACUUGAAGAAGAUAGCCGCUAGAGUUAUUGAAAAGGCUAAGGGAACUUGCAUCAGUAAAUCGGUGAGUGAUGUGGUUUUUGAAUUGGUGGAAGGUGAUGCUAGAAAUGUUCUUUGCGAGGCUGUAGACAAACACAAUGCUUCAAUACUGGUUGUGGGAAGCCAUGGUUAUGGAGCUAUUAAAAGGGCAGUUCUAGGUAGUGUGAGUGACUAUUGUGCUCACCAUGCUCACUGCACUGUCAUGAUUGUGAAGAGGCCUAAGAUCAAACAGUGAGAUGAUUUAACUGCUUCCGAAUUAACAAUAUUCAAACAAUGUAAUUGGCAAUUGUUGUCAAAUAAACAUAUGGGAUAUACCGUCAUGUAUUUCAUAUGCUGCGUAGUAUUGUUAUAGGACUAUUUUGUGUAUGCUAUUCCUGCUACUAUCUGUGUAUCUAUGUUUGGGUCUGGGUUAAAUUGAUAGUUGAUGUUUGGAUUACUGCAAA